AUGGUGUCUUCUAAGAGUAGGGGCGGAGAGGUCGGGUGUCUGCUACUCUCCCUUCUGCUCCUCGCUGCAGGGGAGGCCAGGAGCAGCCAGGUCCACUACUCCGUCCCCGAGGAGGCCAAACACGGCACCUUCGUGGGCCGCAUCGCCCAGGACCUGGGGCUGGAGCUGGCGGAGCUGGUGCCGCGUCUGUUCCGGGUAGCAUCCAAAGGCCGCGGGGACCUUCUGGAGGUAAAUCUGCAGAAUGGCAUUUUGUUUGUGAAUUCUCGGAUCGACCGGGAGGAGCUGUGCCGGCGGAGCACGGAGUGCAGCAUCCACUUGGAGGUGAUCGUGGACCGGCCGCUGCAGGUGUUCCAUGUGGAGGUGGAGGUGAAGGACAUUAACGACAAUCCGCCAGUAUUUCCAGUGACAGUAAAGACUAUCCGGUUUCACGAAUCGAGGCUGCUUGACUCGCGGUUUCCUCUAGAGGGGGCGUUUGAUGCAGAUGUCGGAGUAAAUGCUCUUCUCUCCUACAAGCUCAGCUCCAGUGAGUUUUUCUUUCUAGAUAUACAGACAAAUGAUGAACUAAGCCAGUCUUUGUCUCUUGUGCUGAGGAAAUCUCUGGACAGAGAGGAAACUGCCGAGAUUAAUUUGUUACUGGUGGCUACUGAUAGGGGCAAACCUGAGCUCACAGGCACCGUUCAACUGCUUAUUAAGGUAUUAGAUGUGAAUGACAACGAACCUACUUUUGACCAAUCAGUUUACAAAGUACAGUUGUUAGAGAACAUCGCAAACGGAUCCUUGGUGAUUAAAUUAAAUUCUUCUGAUGCAGAUGAAGGAUCAAACAGCGAGAUUGUGUAUUCAUUUAGUGGUGAUGUGUCCCCCAAUAUAAAGACCAAGUUCAAAAUAGAUCCCAGCUCAGGGGAAAUCAGAACUAAGGGACAAUUAGAUUAUGAGGAAGUGAAAUCUUAUGAGAUUCAAGUCAUUGCCUAUGACAACGGGACUCCACCAAUGUCUGGGCACUGUAAAAUUUCAGUAAAACUUGUGGACAUCAAUGAUAACACACCAGAAGUCUCAAUCACGUCUCUUUCACUUCCCAUCCGAGAGGAUGCUCCGCUGGGAACAGUCAUCGCCCUCAUCACGGUGUCUGACCGCGACUCCGGUGCCAACGGGCAGGUGACCUGCACCCUGACCCCCCAUGACUUCUUCAAACUGGUGUCCACCUUCAAGAAUUACUAUUCGCUGGUGCUGGACAGCGCCUUGGAUCGCGAGAACCUGGCGAACUAUGAGGUGGUGGUGACCGCGAGGGACGGGGGCUCGCCUUCCCUGUCGGUCACAGCCAGAGUGUACGUGGAGGUGUCCGACGUGAACGACAACGCGCCCGCGUUCGCCCAGCCCGAGUACACGGUGCUGGUGAAGGAGAACAACCCGCCCGGCUGCCACAUCUUCACGGUGUCGGCGCGGGACGCGGACGCGCAGGAGAACGCGCUGGUGUCCUACUCGCUGGUGGAGCGGCGGGUGGGCGAGCGAGCGCUGUCGAGCUACGUGUCGGUGCACGCGGAGAGCGGCAAGGUGUACGCGCUGCAGCCGCUGGACCACGAGGAGCUGGAGCUGCUGCAGUUCCAGGUGAGCGCGCGCGACGCGGGCGUGCCGCCUCUGGGCAGCAACGUGACGCUGCAGGUGUUCGUGCUGGACGAGAACGACAACGCGCCCGCGCUGCUGCUGCCCGGGCCGGGCGGCGGGGCGGGAGCGCUGAGCCAGCUGGUGGCUCGGUCGGUGGGCGCGGGCCACGUGGUGGCGAAGGUGCGCGCGGUGGACGCGGACUCGGGCUACAACGCGUGGCUGUCGUACGAGCUGCAGCCGGCGGCGGGUGGCGCGCGCAGCCCGUUCCGCGUGGGGCUGUACACGGGCGAGAUCAGCACGACGCGCGCCCUGGACGAGGCGGACGCGCCGCGCCAGCGCCUGCUGGUGCUGGUGAAGGACCACGGCGAGCCGGCGCUGACGGCCACGGCCACCGUGCUGCUGUCGCUGGAGGACAGCGGCCAGGCGCCCAAGGUCUCUUCGCGGACGUCGACGGGCGCCGCUGGCGCGGAGGCCGCUCUGGUGGAUGUGAACGUGUACCUGAUCAUCGCCAUCUGCGCGGUGUCCAGCCUGUUGGUGCUCACGCUGCUGCUGUACACGGCGCUGCGGUGCUCGGCGCCGCCCAGCGAGGGCGCGUGCGGGCCCGGGAAGCCCACGCUGGUGUGCUCCAGCGCGGUGGGGAGCUGGUCUUACUCGCAGCAGAGGCGGCAGAGGGUGUGCUCUGGGGAGGGGCCGCCCAAGGCAGACCUCAUGGCCUUCAGCCCCAGCCUACCUCAAGGUCCAGACUCAGCAGAAGAAAGGCAACAACUCUCGGAAUCAGAACAAUUCGGAAAGGUGAGUCUUUUA